AUGGCAGAGACCGCGCCAGCAGCCGCCGCUCCUCCUCCCGCCGAAGCGGCCGCCAAGUCCAAGAGGCAGCCGAAGAAAUCCGCCGCUGCAGGGGGCGCCAAGAAAAGCAAGAAGCCGUCCGGUCCCAGCGUGUCCGAGCUCCUCGUCACAGCCGUGUCCGCCUCCAAGGAGCGCAGCGGGGUGUCUCUGGCCGCCCUGAAGAAGGCUCUGGCUGCAGGAGGAUGCGAUGUGGAGAAGAAUAAUAGCCGCAUCAAGGUGGCCAUCAGGGCUCUGGUCACCAAGGGGACCCUCACCCAGGUGAAGGGCAGCGGCGCCUCCGGCUCCUUCAAGCUCAACAAGAAGCAGCAGGAGACCAAGGACAAGGCGGCCAAGAAACCUGCAGCUACUGCGGCCAAGAAACCCGCUAAAUCCCCGAAGAAGCCCAAGAAGGCUCCGGCCAAGAGCCCGAAAAAGACCAAGAAACCAGCCGCGGCCAAGAAAGCAGCCAAGAGCCCCAAGAAGCCGAAGGCUGCCCCCAAGCCCAAGAAGCUGGCCAAGAGUCCGGCUAAGAAGGCGGCCAAACCCAAGGCUGCCAAGAGUCCGGCUAAGAAAGCGGCGAAAGCCAAGAAGAGCGCGGCCAAGAAGUAAC